CGGAACCUCGGCGCGAUGACGCUGGUUUCCGGCGGGAGUUUUAGAGUGACGAACAGCUUUGGGCCAAGCGACCAUGAGAGGGCCAGAACUCGGGCCCGAAACUAGCAUGGAGGGGGACGUACUGGACACACUGGAGGCCCUGGGGUAUAAGGGUCCAUUGUUAGAGGAACAGGCACUCUCCAAGGCAGCAGAGGAGGGGCUGUCUUCACCCGAGUUUUCGGAGCUCUGCAUUUGGUUAGGCUCCCAAAUAAAGUCCUUAUGCAACCUGGAAGAAAGCAUCACUUCAGCUGGGAGAGAUGACCUAGAGAGCUUCCAGCUUGAGAUAAGUGGUUUUUUAAAAGAGAUGGCCUGUCCAUACUCUGUGCUCAUCUCGGGAGAAAUUAAAGAUCGCCUCACGAAGAAGGAUGACUGCUUGAAACUUCUGUUGUUUUUAAGUACAGAACUUCAAGCUUUACAGAUACUACAGAAGAAGAAUCAUAAAAAUUCUCAGUUAGAUAAAAACAGUGAAAUUUGCCAGGAAGUUCAAGCUGUGUGUGAUGCCCUCGGGGUCCCCAAGUCAAACACUUCCGACAUUCCACACCUGUUGAGUCAAGUGGAGUCAAAGGUGAAGGAUAUUCUCUCUAAAGUCCAGAAAAAUCACGUGGGGAAACCACUGCUAAAGGUUGAUUUAAGCUCAGAACAGGCAGAAAAACUGGAAAGAAUUAAUGAUGCUCUUUCCUGUGAAUAUGAAUGCCGCCGCCGGAUGUUAAUGAAAAGAUUGGAUGUGACAGUGCAGUCAUUUGGAUGGUCCGAUAGAGCAAAGGCAAAAACAGAUAACAUAGCAAGAAUUUACCAGCCCAAGCGUUAUGCUUUGUCACCCAAGACAACAGUCACGUUGGCACAUUUGCUUGCUGCCCGUGAAGAUCUGUCCAAGAUCAUUAGGACAAGCAGUGGCAUCAGUCGGGAGAAGACAGCGUGCGCCAUUAAUAAGGUCCUCAUGGGAAGGGUGCCUGACAGGGGAGGACGGCCGAAUGAAAUUGAGCCACCGCCCCCUGAAAUGCCCCCUUGGCAGAAGAGACAAGAUGGCGGAGGGAGGGGUGGCUGGGGUGGUGGAGGUGGUGGUAGAGGAGGUGGUGGGGGUGGAAGAGGUGGAUGGGGAGGUGGAGGUGGAGGAGGAUGGGGAGGUGGGGGAGGAGGGGGAGGAGGAUGGGGAGGAAGUGGUGGGGGUGGUAGAGGAGGUUUCCAAGGCAGGGGAGACUAUGGUGGGAGGGGAGAUUAUGGUGGAAGAGGGGGCCAUGGUGGAAGAGGGGGCUAUGGUGGGAGAGGUUAUGGAGAUCCAUAUGGAGGUGGUGGUGGUGGGUAUAGAAGAUAUUAA